GCAGGAAAUUUGAAAAUGGCAGGAAAAUGUUUCCCAGUGAAUGUGUGAAGACAUCGUGAUUAUUUAUGAUUUGUUUUAUACAACUGAAGCUAUGGAAAUGUUAACAAGGACGUUUACUACAAUAUUAACCAUGAGUUAGACAUAUUGGUUAUUGCAAAAUGUAAACUCCUGCUCGAUUCAUGAAUAGGACCGCUGGCGCCCGCCGUCUCGGUACAGUACAGCAGGCCUAACUCUUGAUCUAUGAUAUCAACGAGGCGACGACGUUACUCGAAUCACAGAAAAAGUUCAUUUACCCGGUUAUUACUAGAAGAGUUUGGUAAAAUGAAAUAAGAAUUUGAAGACAAGUUAUGAAUGAAAAUGACAGCAGUGGACCAUGUAGGAAAGUUGGACGAUCCCGUAAAAGAACUCUUACUCCACAUAACCCUUAUGAUCAGCUGACUUACCAAGAGGAAAGUUCAAAAUCAGACCCUACAAAUACAAACUUUCAAAAAGAGGUCACUGUUUUGUCACAGACACAAAUUGAUGCUGUAUCUGCUGGAAAUGAUAUUGCUGGCAAAAUAGACAUAACCCACACCUCAAACAAUAAAAAUGAUAUCUGGUUUUCAAAUUCUUUUGUUAAAAGUAACCAAUGUAGUGUUGGAAAGAAAAGCACAAGUCAUCAUCUGAAUGAUUGCCUGAUUUCUUCUGUACCAAAGAAAAUAAGAUUAGAUGUGGAUUUCAGUCAGAGGUCCCAAUCUGACAACAACUGUUAUGACAGAACUGGUGUAGAUUUGGUGAAGCACAGCAAACAGAUUUCUGCUGCUAUUGUUAAUGAGGAGAUAAUUAGAAGUGUCCAUUCGAAUAUAGAAAAAUCUCCAUUAAAACAGCAUACAGAAAUGGCUAGCUCCCCUUUGACGAGUAAUAAAGGGAGUUUCCUUCAUCACUUCCACUCAACUCCAGUUAGACAUCUCAAAAUGAAGACAAGUGCAGGGAAAAGUGAGAUGUUUUCAAGACUAAAUGAAGCUGAAGACAUCCUGAACAACAGUGAUGAUAUUUUAGCUGGACUUGAUAUUGCUGACAAUGAAAAUGAUGGGAAUACAGCUCUAAACUUUAAAACUGUAGUGAACAGGAAUGGUACACAUAACUAUGAUCGAGCACAGGAUCUGUCACAUACUGAAAAAUACAACAAGUGUAAAGGAAAUUCAAAUGUGGCUUUAAAUAAAGGCCAAAGGGGAGAUCACUCUAUGGAAAGUCAUACAACUGUGGCACAGCCACAAGAGACGGCUAAAAAAACAAACUGUAUAAGGCAUAUGGAUAUUUCUGAUGAUGACAUCUUUGCACCAGAUAGUGAUUUUCUUAGUCAGAUAGAAAGUUUGGAAAGACAAGCAGACAUUACAACAGAUAAACGUGCAAUAACGGAAAAGACUAAUAAUCCAACCAGUCAACUUGUAUUGGAGAAAAAUAGAAAAAGUAAAAUGUGUUUACAAAGUUGUGAUACAUCCAAAUUAGUGCAAGUGAAUUCAAAGCCUGAUAACUGUGAUAAAAAUGAAAACUGUCAAGAAACAACUGCAGGAACAGUUACAAAAUUAAACAGUCGGGGACAGUCAGAAUCAAAAUAUUUUACAGGUCAAGAGCACAUUGGCAUGACCUCACCUUUGGGGACCAAAGAUCAAGGUCAUGUGGCUAUAACCACACCUGAAAUUUCUUCCACAAUAAAAACUCCAACCUCUAUGGGUUUAGGGGGCUCACUAAAAGAUAGGAUUAAGCGAAGACUUCAGGAAAAUGCUUCAGCUAAACUGGUAAACAGUCCUGGAGCAGUAAUGGAACAGCGACGAGAAGGGGAAGUUUUUGUGGCAACAACAAAGGCUGAACAGAUUGAAAGGGAUGGCACUGACAAUGAUAUUGGUCCUUUCUACGGCCUGUCUUCUAAUGUUAAAACACUUUUACAGCAGCACAGAGGCAUCACCAGUCUUUAUGCAUGGCAGGAUGAGUGUUUAAAUCUGCCUGCUGUACUGGAGGGGAAGAACCUGAUAUACUCCUUACCAACAAGUGGUGGCAAGACCCUGGUGGCCGAGAUUCUCAUAAUGAGGGAACUGCUGUGUAACAAAAGGGAUGCCAUCCUCAUUCUGCCAUUUGUUUCUAUUGUACAGGAAAAAGUCAGAGGCUUGUCUCCUUUUGGAAUUGACCUGGAUUUUCUUGUUGAGGAAUAUGCCGGUAGUAAAGGGAAGUUUCCACCCCUCAAACGCCGCAAGAGACAGUCACUGUACAUUGCCACCAUAGAGAAGGCCCACUCACUAGUCAACAGUCUUAUAGAGAACAACAGGAUGGACAGUCUGGGGCUUGUUGUAGUGGAUGAGUUACAUAUGAUUGGUGAAGGAGGCAGUCGAGGGGCAACCUUAGAGUCAACGCUUCUCAAAGUCAUUUAUACUCGAAAGAACACCCAGAUAGUCGGGAUGAGUGCUACCCUCAGUAACAUAUCUGAUCUACAAACAUUUCUUGGGGCUGAGGUCUACUCAAACAACUUUCGCCCAGUGGAACUAACAGAAUAUGCCAAACUACAAGAUAACAUUUACCAGGUGAACCCAAAAGCCAAAUGUCCAGAAGACCAACUAGUACAUGAGAGGGUUGUUAUGUUCAAGUACAGCCCUGACAUGACCCGUGUAGACGGGGACCACCUACUGGGACUUGUGUUGGAGGUGAUUCCAGAGAAGUCCUGUCUUCUUUUCUGUCCUACCAAGAAGAACUGCGAAAAUGUAGCCAUGAUGUUGUGUAAACUCCUGGUCAAACAUCAUCAUGAGUUGUCCAAGGUAAAGAAGAUAGAGAGAAAAGCAUUGUUAAAGGAAUUGUAUAAUGAUGGAGCAGGAAAGAUUUGUCCAGUCCUCCAGUACACUCUACACUUUGGUGUGGCUUACCAUCACAGCGGCCUUACAUCAGACGAGCGUAGACUCAUAGAGGAUGCAUAUUCUGAGGGAACUCUUUGUCUCCUCACUUGUACCUCAACACUGGCAGCUGGAGUCAACCUACCUGCAAAAAGGGUGAUAUUGCGAUCUCCCUAUGUUGGGAGUCAAUUCAUCAGUCGUAGUCAGUACAAACAGAUGGUUGGACGAGCUGGUCGGGCUGGUAUCGACUCGUCAGGAGAGAGCAUUCUCAUCACCAAAUCCUCUGAUACUGAGAAGGUCGGACAGCUUCUAACUGCUCCCCUGGAAGUAUGCCACAGUAGUUUAAUGCAUGACGACGGCAAAGGUAUCCGAGGAUUAAUCCUGUCAGUAGUUGGUUUACAGAUGACCAAGACCACUGAAGAAGUUUUCACCUGUAUGGAAAAGACAUUACUGUCAGUACAGGCUAGUCGAGAUGUACCAUGUGACAUUUUAGAACUGACACGUCAGUCACUACAACAACUUAUUGACCUCGGACUAGUCAUACAGAAACGGGUGUCAUCACAGGAAACUGAUGAGGACCAUCAUCAUCUUGAAGUCACCAUGCUUGGUCGCGCCACCUUUAAAGGAUCAGUGAACUUGGAUUGGUCAGGUCGUCUGUAUAACGACCUCCACCAGGGAGAGGAAUCCCUGGUCUUAUCUAGUCAUCUCCACCUUCUCUACCUGGUCACGCCCUACGACAUGGUCAGCAUGGUCACACCCUCCUGGAUUGUCUACUUCCAAGAGAUGAGCACACUAAACCCUGUGGAGUUGAAGAUGGCAGCAUUGAUUGGUGUACCAGAAGGACACAUCGCCAGGAAAGCUUCUGGGCAGAAAUCUAGACAGAAGGUGGAUGAAUUUGUGGUGAGUCGAUUCUACCUGACAUUGAUGCUGUAUGGACUCUGGAAACAAAAAUCAGUUUGGGAGGUGUCAGAGAAAUUCCAGCAAUCCCGUGGGUUUAUACAGAACCUUCUGUCCAGUGCCGCUAGCUUUGCUUCCUGUGUCUACCACUUCUGUCAGGAACUUGAUGAGUUUUGGCCCUAUCAGGAUCUGUUUGGUAACUUUGUACAGCGCCUGGCUUACUGUGUGUCGUCAGAGCUGAUUCCACUGAUGGAGAUCCCAGGAGUUAAACUGGGGCGAGCUAAACAGAUGUACAGUGUUGGGUAUAGGACCUUGUCUCAAGUGGCCAAUGCUGACCCAGAUGACCUUGUCAAAAGCAUCAAACAAAUUCCACGCAAGACAGCUCGACAAAUUGUCACUGCUGCAAAGAUGCUUCUGAAUGAGAAAGCAGAAGCUCUUCGACAGGAAGUGGAGGAUCUUGUAAUGGUACCUGAGACUGUGUCUGCCCAUCCUUCACCAGACUUAUCCUCCCAGGGAUCUGUAGCAUCUUCAGACAUACUCGCUGGUCUCACUGACUGGACAAACUAAACAAUCCUAUCCCUGGAUCAGUGUCUUCCCAUUCUUUACCAGAGUGAUACUCUCAGACUGAGGAAUCUGCAACAUUAUCAGACAUACAAAUGUACUUGACAGUCCCACUGACUUGACAAACUAGACAACCUUGUCCUGGAUUUGUGUCUUCUCUUCCUUUACCAGAGUUAUCCUCCCAGGAUCUGUAGCAACAUCAGACAAACAUGACGGUCCCUCUGUCUGGACCACCUUGUCCUGGAUUUGUGUCUUUUCCUUCAUCAGAUUUAUCCUGCUAGGGGUCAGUGGCAUCAUCCUCGUCUGCAAUAGGAGUUAUCCUGCAGUACCAUCAGACACACAGGAUAACCCCAUCAAUGGGAAUGUAUCUUUCCAUUCUUCACUGAAGUUAUCCUCCAAGGAUUCUGCAGCAUUGUUAGAUACUUACCGGUCUCUCUGACUCCGACAUUAGACUUACUUGCUGGUCUCUCUAACUGGGACAUUAGACUUACUUACCGGUCUCCCUGAUUGGGACAUCAGACUCGUAGGUCUCUUUAACUGGGACAUCAGAGUUACUCGACGGUCUCUCUGACUCGGACAACAAUCAACCUUGUCCUUGAGGCCUGGGACAGCGUCUUUUUUACUAGAUUUCUAGGGAACUUGUUACCAAGUAAUUGUUAGCUGUGACUGUUACAAUCUAUAAAGUAUUUAAAUAUGUUACAAAUAUAUUUUUAAGUAUAUUCAUUCACUUAUUGUGAAUAAAAGUGUAAUAAUAGAGCAUAGUUUAUUAUCUUUGAAAGGAACAAUUCAUGUACUGUCAAAUAGUUAAACUAAAUAUAUUGUUAUUUUUUGUUCAUUUGUUGGAGGUAAAGUCUGACCAGAAUGAACUGUUGUAUUAAUCUUUCAUUAUCACACAGAUUACAGACCAUACUCUAAGCCCCUAAACAGGUGGGGCAUUCUUGUUGCUGCUUAUUCCAGGUCACUCUGGUCAGAUUAGAACUUCCAAACAAGAAUAUACUUAAUUUGAUAAGCUCAUGUAGCACAAAGUACUUAUGGCAAGUGUUUCUUAAGACCAAUGGGGCAUUAUAUCUCUUAGAUUCUUUGAUAUAAAUUUCCAUACGUUAAUGAUCUUGAACUUCCCUCUUGAUUUGAUGGGUCAUACAUGUACCAUAACGAUGAUAAUUAUCAAGGAUUAUUGGCUUACCAGAUAGGAAGGUCCCAUGAGAAAUUAAAGUUGAAAACUUAAAUUCAUCAACCAGCAUACCAAAUAUUGAAUUUGCUAAUGGAAUACAUGUCCCCUACUGCCCCCACUAGCUUGUAAUGAUUUAGAAAUAUGGUGCAUUUUGAUCUUGACCCAACAAUCCUGAAACUCAAACUUGUCCGAGGUAUUAUGGUCCUUGAAAAUUGUGUGAAGUCUGGUAAAAUUCCUCAGGGAUGAAUCCUCUAAAGCACUGACAAAGGAUUUUCUAAAAAUAGUGAUGUGACCUUGACCUUGACCCAAAACCCUGAAAUUCAAACUUGUCUAAGAUAUUAUGGUCCUUUAUGAUUGUGUCAAGGUCACUUUCAGAUGAAUUUUGUAAGUUAACAAUAAAAAUACAGUCCUCUAAUAUAUUUAUUUUCUAUAUAUUAUGACAGAAAGUUUUUUGGAGGAAAAUCUCUUUAACUUGAUUUCAAGGUCACAAUGGUCAAUCAAAUUAAGCAUGUAAAAUCCUUCGUUUUGGUCAUCUGACUCAGAUUUUGUACAGCACAAGAACUUUUAUUGUAUUUAUCUACCUUCUUGUCUGCCUUUUGAUGCAAUGUCGAACUCCAAACACAUCUUGGUGUAUCUAAAUCAUGUAUUAAUGAAACAACAGAUUUUGUAAAGUUCCUUGUCUUUAUUAAUUUAUUUUGUAUUGGUAUAAAAGAAAAACUUUGUUCUUACUCUCACAGAUAUAGGUAUUAAGAUAUAUAUAAUAGUGCAUGUAAUACAAAAAUGUACUUGUGUAAUACUGUUACACAGUAAACAAGAUUUUAUUACUUUCACAUAUAGACUCAUUAAGUUAUAUAUGUAUAGGUGUACAUGUUUAAAACAAAAACAUAUUAUAACAUCUAUAAUAUACAUUUCCACAAUUUCAGUUUUUGCAACAUCACAUUAAAAUACUCAGUAUUUCAAAUUGACAACUUUUUAAGGUAGAGUGUCUCGUAACUUGCUACACUGACUUACACAAGUUAUUUUCCUGAUUUUAGUCUGUAUUUCAAAGACAGUUGUAGGUAAGUCUUUUUAGGGUGUUUGAACAUUACGAAAUUACAUG